AUGGGAUUUUCAACCGUGAGCCUUAUUGUAAAAGAGGUUUGUAAAGCCAUAAACCGGAGGUUAAUUGAAAAAUAUAUGCCUAAACCAACAUCCGAAAUUUGGGAAAAAUCGGCACAGGAUUUUUUAAUGAAAUGGAAUUUCCCAAACGCUAUUGGUAGUAUUGAUGGAAAACAUGUUACCAUGAAAUGUUCAAACAACACGGGUUCAAGGCAUUUUUGCUAUUUAAAAAAAUUCUCCAUCGUACUUAUGUUUAUUGUAGACGCAAAUUAUAAAUUUCUAUGUGUUGACAUUGGUGGCUAUGGCCGGAAUAGUGAUGGGGGUAUUUUUGAAUGGUCAGUGAUGGGACAAGGUUUCGAAAAUCAGACGAUGAAUGUGCCAACCGAUAAACCAUUAAAAGGUCAAGUGCAUGACACACCUUAUGUGCUUCUUGGUGACGAAGCGUUUGCGUUAAAGCCUUAUUUAAUGCGUCCAUUCCAUUAUCGUCAGUCUAGACAAGAUCCUAUAAAAGUGACAUUUAACUAUAGAUUAUGCAGAGCGUGA